CAUUCGUCAAAAUGGCAGCGUUGGAUGCUAAAUCUAAAUGAACAAGAAAAUAAACGCUACCUUAAUUGACGCUUACAUUAUUUUUCACUAUACUAUUUGAUAAUAGUUAAUACAUCCAGAGUUGUUCCGCUCCGUACAACUCUAAAAUGGCUAGCCCGCUGCUGGAUUUCAGGACCCAUGUCGACCAGUCAUGCCGAUAUUCAGAAGAAUUUGUCAACAUUUAUUACGACUGCAUGGAUAAGAAAAGAAGGAACUUGACCCGGCUCUACCUGGACAAGGCGACCUUGGUGUGGAAUGGGAAUGCUGUGUCUGGAAACGAUGCUCUGGCGGAUUUCUUCGAUUCAUUGCCUUCAAGCGAGUUCCAAGUUCAAACACUGGAUUGUCAGCCAGUUCACGAACAAGCAACCCAGGGUCAGACUACACUGCUCGUGGUGACUGGUGGGACUGUCAAAUUUGAAGGGAACAAACAGCGUUUCUUCAACCAGAACUUUCUUUUGACCGCUCAGGCAACACCCAACAAUGACCAGCCUGUUUGGAAGAUUGCUAGUGACUGUUUCCGGUUUCAAGACUGGAGCAGCUGAGGCUCUCCAUCAAAACAAUCAACAGCAUUAAUGUAGAUGCUUUUUGUUUAUAUCUCUUUUUGUAAUAAAAUGUCAAACACCACAAAAUAUGCAAAAAAAA